CAUUUCAGAAUGCCUUGAAGAUUUUUCACAGGAUAAAAGGUGGUCAAGUUUCAGUUUCUGAAGUGGGUGAAGUGUUGGAUAGCAUGGAUAUCUUGGUGGUCCCUGAAACUUUGCAGGAAGUGAUAAAAUACACUAAUAUCAACAGUAAUCAAAUGGUGGAUAUUGGGGAUAUUAUAUUUACUUUGGAUGAACUACAGCAAGAGUAUGAGAAUAUUUCAAUUAUGGAAGGAGCAGCCUCGGAUGAAGCUACUUCAAGAAAGUUAUCAAAUGUAUCAGGAUGCUAUCCACAAUAUAGGAAGAAAAGCACUUUAGCUUCUGGACUGUCUGAAUCAUCAUUAUUCCAAAAAUUAAAUACAAAGAGCCUCCAAAAUCAUAAAAUUAUGAGUGAGAAUGAUGACUAUGAAUUUAAAAGACCAAAAAAUAUUUUGCAAAUACGAAGAUUCCAGGAUGAGGUUGAUGGCGGUGAUAUAGAGUUCCAGGAACCAUAUUCAAAGGAUGGCAUGAACUUUAAGAAAAGUUCAGAGAAAGUUGAAAUUCAUGACUCAAAGUCUAAACCACAAGACUUGAAGCAUGUUUCAGGCCUCAAAAAGACUCUGGAUAAAAGUGAUAUUUUUAGUAUCCCAAAACUUCAGAAGCCAGCUGUGAGAAGGAGCUCUAGCCUUCUAAAACAAGUUUCAUCUAAGGAAAAAACUGCAGUUAAUGCUCUGGGAAGUGUCUGUGAAACUAUCAAAAAACUCCAAGAAAAUUACAUUGAUGCAGAAGAACUUCAGUCCAUUUUGCCUUCAAUAGGAAUUACUUUAUCAGAUAAAGAAUUCAAGAAGAUUGUGACCGACACUGCUAGAAAUGAAAAUGGAAUGGUGAAAUUAGAUGACUUUGUGAGUGCUGUCUCUAAAGAGCAAACUCUUCCUGAAUAUGAUGUGUUGGCUGGUGUCAUUAAAGCUAUUGAUAAAAUUAAAGAUGAAAAUAUUGAUUAUGGGGAUCUGAACACUUGUCUUCAAAAUUUAGGAGUUUACCUUUCUAAGCCAGAAUUUCAGAAGAUCACAGAGUUGACUGAAGUUGGUGAAACAAAAAAAGUGAAUUUUAAACAAUUUGUUGAUACUAUGAUGAGAAACACGGAACGCUUCUCUGAAAAAUUAGUAUUGCUUGAUACUAUUGAAAACUUCCACAAUCUCAGCAAAGAAAAGAUGAGUGCUCCUGACCUGUGGAAUACUCUGUCUAAUUUGAACAAUAAUUUAAACAAAGAUGAAUUCCUAACUGCACUGAAAUUGGCAAAAGCUGAUGAAGGUGACAAAGUACAAAUUGAAGAAUUUGCAAAAGUGGUAAAGGAAAUGCAUGAUACCUCCAAGUUAAAAGAAUCACAGGAGACUGUCUUAGCUGUUGAUUUGCCUGAAGAUGACAUGAUACCUGGGAAGAACUUGGAAGGUUUUCUAGGAGAUAUUGGAAUUAAGUCACCUAAAGAAGAGGUAGAGAAAAUCCUUCAGUCAGAUUUUGUUUCUGAAGACAACAUGGUUAAUGUUAAAGACUAUAUGAAGACUCUGAGUGACACCCAGAAAUUUUCCAAUUUUAUUGAUUUAUAUAAAGAGAUUACAACUCUUGAAAAGAUCAGAAAUGAUAAGAUGCCUAUAAAUGAACUGAGCUCCCAACUCUUGAGUGCUGGAGUUCCUUUAUGCAACAAGGCAUUCCAGGAGAUUCUGAAUGAAGCAUCUACUGAUGAAACUGGUGAAGUAAAUCUCAAACAAAUUUUGGAAACUUUUAACACAAGUAAGCCAGUUUCUGAAUUUAAAGAUAUACACACUGCCCUCAAUACUGUCAGCUUGAUGAACCGCAACAGAAUUCAAGCUAAUGACUUAAAAGAUGCUUUUGAUGAACUCAGUGUUUCUGUAAAGCCUGAAGAACAUCAGAUGUUAGAGAAAACCCUUGACAUUGAUGAAAAGGGGCAUGUUUCCCUGAAGUCUGCCCUAUUAGCACUGAAGAGCAGUAAGCGUUUUCAAGAUUUUAGGGAGGUUAAUAAACUUGCAAAUGCCUUAGACAAAGUCACCAAUGAAAAAGUUUAUGUUGAUGAUAUACAAUCUAUACUGAGUGGCCUGGGGAUUUACUUUCCAGAAGAAGAAUUACAAGAGAUGCUUUCAUCAGUUUCUGUUGAUAAUGAAGGAAAAGUGGACUUAAAAGAUUUCCUGAUUAGGUUGUCACAAACUCCAUAUUUUACAAAAGGUUCAAAACUAGAAGGUCCCAUGAAAGCUCUGGCCUCCAUUAGGAAAAAUAUGGCCAAUCCUGAUGACUUAGGUUCCAUGAUGAAAAAUAUAGGAGUUCCAUUACCCCAAGAUGUGAUUCAAAGUGCACUGAAGAAUGUGACUAUCAUGGAUGAUGGGAUGGUGAAUUUAGAAGAGUUUAUGGGCAAUUUGGUCCAUUCAGGAUUUUCAUCUCCAUCUGAAAAAAAAAUCGAGAUCAGUAACCUGGAUAAUUUCAUGGAUGAUAUGGGAACUGAACUUACAUGUAAAGAACAUAAAGAGCUGGUAAAUCAUCUCCCAGCUAGUGCUGAUGAGAAGAUAAAUCAGCUCAAAUUGAUGGAUACCAUGAAUACUCUUGAAGCUGAGAGAAAAAUAAAUCAGAUGAGACCAACAGAUACCAUGGAGCCUCUUAAAGGAGAGAUGGUAAAUAUCAGAGACCUGGACAGCAUACUAGGAAACACGGGCAUUGAACUCACCAAAGAAGAACUUGGAGAGCUGAGAAGAAACCUUCCCGUUAAUGGUGACUCAUUUUAGAUAUAAAGCAUCCCUCAGGAAAGCUUGAUCUUGAGGUUUAUAUAUGAGUAUUUCUGAGACC